AAGAGCCCACUUUUUUUCUGUCAUAAACAAUUCGGUUUUGCAGCGAAAUUUGUCAUUCUCUGCCAUUCUCUAUCUUCUAUUCCCUGUCCUUCCAGAUAUCCCCUGGUCUGCUUUCUUCUUCUCUCGUUUCUGCAAUGGCUACUCUGGAGGACAUUGGAGUCUCUGCUCUCAUCAAUAUUCUCAGUGCUUUUGCAUUCUUGCUCGCUUUCGCUCUGCUCAGGAUUCAACCCAUCAAUGACAGAGUCUACUUCCCCAAAUGGUAUAUCAGUGGAGGAAGAAGCAGUCCCAGGAGCUCUCGUAAUUUUGUGGGAAAAUUUGUCAAUCUCAAUGUCUGGACUUACUUCACCUUCUUGAACUGGAUGCCUCAGGCUAUGAGAAUGAGCGAGUCCGAGAUUAUCUCCCAUGCUGGCCUUGACUCUGCUGUUUUUCUCAGAAUUUAUACUCUGGGCUUAAAGAUUUUUAUCCCAACAGCAAUCGUGGCUCUCCUCAUUCUUAUUCCAGUCAAUGUAUCAAGUGGGACGUUAUUUUUCCUAAGGAAAGAACUGGUUGUGAGCGAUAUUGAUAAACUCUCAAUAUCAAAUGUUCCCGCUAAAUCUAUAAGAUUUUUUGUUCACAUAGGCUUGGAAUACCUGUUCACAACUUGGAUUUGUUUCCUGCUAUAUAAAGAAUAUGAUAAUGUAGCAUCAAUGAGAUUGCAGUUCUUGGCAUCACAACGCCGGAGUGUCGAGCAGUUCACUGUUGUUGUCAGGAAUAUCCCUCAUAUAUCUGGUCGUUCAGUAUCAGAUGCUGUGGAUAACUUCUUUCAGAGGAAUCACCCAAAUCACUAUAUUGGUCACCAGGCUGUCUACAAUGCCAACAAAUUUGCUAAAUUUGUAAGGAGAAGAGAUAGGCUUCAAAAUUGGCUGGAUUAUUACCAGCUUAAGUUUGAAAGGCAUCCUGACAAGAGGCCAACUGUGAAGACAGGAUUCUUUGGGCUUUUGGGUGGAAAAGUUGAUGCUAUUGAGUACUACAAAAAGCUGAUUAAGGAUCUUGAUAAAAAAAUGACAUUGGAGCGCCAGAAAAUUAUAAAAGAUCCAAAAUCUAUUUUACCAGUUGCUUUUCUUUCAUUUGAUUCUCGUUGGGGAGCAGCAGUCUGUGCACAGACACAACAAAAUAAGAAUCCCACACUGUGGUUGACAAAUUGGGCUCCAGAACCUCGUGAUGUGCAUUGGCAAAACUUGGCCAUACCAUUUUUCUCUUUAACCAUUCGAAAAUUCAUAAUAUCCAUGGCAGUGUUUGCCUUGGUAUUCUUCUACAUGAUCCCCAUUGCUUUUGUGCAAUCCCUUGCAAAUUUGGAGGGUCUUGAAAGAGUUGCUCCUUUUCUCAGACCAGUAAUAGAAUUGAAAUUCAUCAAGUCCUUUCUUCAAGGUUUUCUUCCUGGUCUGGCUCUCAAAAUAUUUCUGUAUAUCCUUCCGACAGUUCUGUUGAUCAUGUCAAAAAUCGAGGGGCAUAUUGCAUUGUCAACUCUGGAGCGGAGAGCUGCUGCAAAAUAUUAUUAUUUUAUGCUUGUGAAUGUGUUCUUGGGAAGCAUAGUGACUGGGACUGCAUUUGAGCAAUUGCAUGCCUUCCUUCACCAAUCGCCCACAGAAAUCCCUAGAACUAUUGGAGUUUCCAUUCCCAUGAAGGCUACGUUUUUUAUGACAUACAUCAUGGUUGAUGGCUGGGCUGGAAUUGCUGGUGAGAUUCUCAGAUUGAAGCCAUUGGUUAUAUAUCAUCUCAAGAACAUGUUCUUAGUUAAAACAGAAAGAGACAGAGAGAAGGCAAUGGACCCUGGGAGCGUGGACUUCAAGGAGGCGAUUCCAAGUCUACAGCUAUACUUCCUUCUCGGUAUUGUGUAUGCUGUGGUGACACCAAUCCUCCUUCCUUUCAUACUGGUCUUCUUUGCCCUGGCAUAUUUGGUAUAUCGCCAUCAGAUAAUUAAUGUCUACAAUCAACAAUAUGAAAGUGCUGCUGCAUUUUGGCCACAUGUUCAUAGCCGUAUUAUAGCAAGCUUGCUAAUAUCUCAGCUUCUUCUGUUGGGUCUGCUGAGCACAAAAGAAGCAGCCAAAUCUACACCUUUGCUUGUAAUCUUACCUGUACUAACAUUAGUAUUCCACAAGUAUUGUAAGAAUCGUUUCGAGCCGGCUUUUAGGAAGUAUCCGCUUGAGGAAGCAAUGGCAAAGGAUAUACUGGAGAAAACCGCAGAGCCUAACCUGAACAUCAAGGCAUACCUGGCCGACGCAUACUUGCAUCCGAUCUUCCGGUCAUUCGAGGUAGAGGAAGAAGAGCUUGUUCAAGUCAGAGUAGACAAACAUCAAGCUCAGGGGACCGCUUCCCCAUCAAGUGAGCUCAGUUCUCCUUCCCCUCAACAUGCUCAUCAACCCUCUCCUCCUCACUAUGACUAUACUGCAUCACCGCCACAGGCCUAUUAUUAUCGCCCAUCUUCCCCUCCACAGUAUGUUUAUCACUAUCAAGUUGAACCUUGAAGCUAAUCAAUCUGAAUCUUCUACAUCCGUAAAAGCGAAUGCAUAUCAUUAAAAUGAUGAUAAGAUGAGAUGUUAAGCAUGAAGAUGGGGUCUGAGUUUUAUGUACAGUCACAUUCUUUUGUACUGCUUUCUCUUCAAAUGCAUGGGUGUAGAAGAUUAAAUCUGAAAGCAAACCCAGUCAAUGUUGCAAAGAAUCCUAACUCAUCAUUUCUUAGUUACUGAGAGACUUAGUUGUGUA